AUGUCAAUCUUACUGCCCCUCCUUCGUGUUGUAGCGUUGGUCAGUCUGACAGCCUCGGCAAUGGGCAACGCCGUGUCUGAGGCCACAAGAGAUCCGCCCACCAUUCCAGUCUUUAUUCAACAAACCUACAAAACCUUCACUGAAAUUGGCCUCGAUUGGGUGACCUAUCCCUACGAUCAUGAAUUUACCAAACGAAUGUUCAUUGAGGGUGCACCGUCGUUAAAGGAGGUUGGAAUUGUCCUGUCCCUAUCCCUGACCUUCAUACUGCUACGGCACUUUAGUGAGUCGAGGCUGAGAGUAAGUUUAAUGCUUAUUUUAUUUAACUUCAAACAGGAUCAAGUAGGUCAAAAUGUUUGA